ACUUGCAGAAAAUGCGUAAAUAGCAUGAAUGACACAAACACAGGCGCGAAUUACCCACGGAGCGAACGGAGAAGUGGUAUGGGAAUGGUUUACAAACACAUGCGCGACCCAUCUCACUUGCACAAUCAAAAAUCGUAUCGUGCAUGUCGAAUUCAUUUUUCGUCUUGUCAAUUUUUCUCUCUUUAUGUGUGUCAAAACAUAAUUUUUUUUUGUGUGUGGAUUCUCGUACGACUCUGCUGUAGCUUUCAUUGUAUGAAAUUGAAUUGAAAUUUGACUUAAUUUUUUUUGCUGCACAACGGAAUAAUCUCGCAUCCGUCGUUGUUUUAAGUAUUUAGUGUAAUAAUCGUGUUCAUGUUUACGAUAACAAAAUCAAAAUCCAGUUGAAAAUACAGUGAACCACACAUUUGAACAACCAAUAAUGGUAACUUCGAUUCCAUUGUCGGCUAUUGGAGGUUUGCUGAACGAAUUUAAUUAUCCGAGCACGAGCAACGCUCGCAAACAUGAAAUCGAAAAACAACUAGUUGAAUUUCAAAAUGAUCUACGUUCGUGGCCACAGUGUUUGUUCCAACUGAGCAACCCUACGAAUAGCCAUCAGUUCUUUUGGUUUUUUAGUGCAUCAACCGUUGAAGCGGCCAUCGUACGAAAAUGGAAAUAUCUCGAUGAAAGCGAUCGAAUGCGAUUGCGAGAUACACUAUGGAAUAAUUAUGCCAAUCUAAAUGUGGCCACUGUGUCACGCAUUCAACGCGAAAAACUCGCCCAACUGAUUGCGUUGAUGGGCAAACGUGAAUUUCCCGAUGAGCAUUCAUCGUACAUGUGUCAUUUAGUGGAAUUGUUAAAAAGGAAUUUUUGCUUAGGAAUUACAUUGCUUCGGUGCACAUCCGAAGAAUUAGUUAGCACACGUGAUGACAUUACGUCAGAUCGUAAAAAAUAUUUUCAUUCCAAUUUGAGCUUGUGUAUGCCCGAUGUAUUUCAAUUGCUUACGCAAUUUCUUGUGAUCCAUGCAUACGGUCUGAACGGAAUUGAUUUAGCGACGGUGCCAAGUAAUUAUCUGGAUCGUAAACUGAUUCAAUCACUGCCAAAGGAUAAUCGAUUGUGUUUAUCUGCUAUAGAGUUAUUAAGUUGUGUACAGCAUUUAUUGUCGUGGACCUCAACCGAUGAAUUAUUGCAUGAACAAUUCCUCAUAAAUCUCUUCGAUUUGGCUAACUGGAAAGAGCAUGACAGUGACGUUUCAGUAGCGGCGUUGGGCGCAAUCACUGAACUUUUUUAUCGGCAACAAACGUUGCCAUUCCCCCAACUCAUUGCCAACGGAAUCAAAAGUAUUCUGAAGCAACCACGACUGAUUAUGACCAAUGAAAUGUAUCAGGACAAAUUAACUGAAUUGCUACGACUGUUCAUCGCACAACAAUGGUCUAGAUGGAUCGAUGAUGAAGUCGUUUUUCCCGAAUUUAUUGCCGCACUCUAUGCCUUUACGUUCGAAAGCUAUGCAACACUUCCAUUCACCGAAAAACUCACAAUCUGGCAUCCAAUCAUCAGCGGUUUGGCACCACGCGGAUUCGGAAGAUACACACAAACUAUACAUUUAUUGGUCGCUGGAAUUUUGCAAAAAAUCCAAUUUCGAGUUGAUUUAGAGGAAUUGAAAACAUUGGAUAAUGAAAGCCUUGACGAUGAUAUGCUCACAGAUUGGCAACACUACUUGACCCAGUGCAUAGAAACAAUCGCUUUGGUAGCUGAAGUCAAACCGCUCCAAGUGUUCGAACAGGUCUACAGCGAAUGGAGUAAACCAUUCGAAAUUUUUGAAUCCCUAGAAAAAUCGAUCGACUCCAAUGGUUCCUUAAUUAUCAACGACAACCAACGCAGCCAAUUGGUGUACUGCAUUCUCCGCGAUUUAUCGUCAUUGUGUCAAACGUUGACUCGAUUGACGCCGAUUCUUCAAGGUUGCUUGCAAGACAUCCCAAAGAACCUAUCACAAAUAACGUUUUGCCUUAUAUAUGCGAUCAAGUUCAUUGCCGUGAAUAAGUUGCAUUCGAUAAAUUUUGGCGAUUCGUCGCUCAGUGCGAAUUUUGUGGAAAUAUUUGCGCAACUUCUCAAUUCCAUUCGAAAUUUGUUGCCAUGGUCGCCAAUCCUGCAAAGUGAACACGAGCUCAAAUCGCUCAUCGAAAAUGUGGCACAAAUCCUAAUGCCACCAUCGAAUUUGUUGCAAGAGCCAAAAAUUAUCACAUUGGCGGCAGCACAAUUUCUGCUCACAGUGUCAUCGGUUAUUCGGCCUCGCUACAUGCUCGACUGUCCAUCAUUCAAGCAACUCAUUCAAAUGGGAAGCAAUUUAACGUAUUUAGACCAACAAGCGGCAACAAUCAUACGGAAUGCAAUUGUGAAUUGCUUUGUAUUGCCAUGGCCCAAUGUCUCGAACGCUGAUCAAGUAUUCGAUCGACGUUUAGUACUACUACAGGAAUACGUGCACAAUUUGUCAGAGAAUCUACUGAAUUUGGACCAUUCGGUGAUGCACAAUCAACAUGACAAAGUAAUUAAAGUGAUAACCGUGAUUUUGCCCAUUCUAAACGAAAUCAUCGAUCAUCAUCGCGAGAGCAGUUCAUCCGUUAAACAUAUGCUCGUCAAUGCAUACCGACCACCCAUUACAAAAUCCAUUUUAAUCUACAAAGAAUUUGGGGCGGUUAGCGAAGAUAUUGCCAGUUGCGUCCUCAAAUUCGCACUCAGUGUCAUUCGAACACUUCAAAUUCAAUUGGGUUCGCCGUACAUCUCGGAGAUGUUGGACAUUUUCCUCAAAACAACCACAAGAGAACAAUUGACGACCAAUCGAUAUAAAGCCGUGGAGAAAUUACUUCAAAUGCUUUUGUUGGUCGUACAACAGCCUGGAAGCCUAGGUGCAAAUCUAUUGCCAUCGAUAUUAGAAUUUACGUUGAACUACGUGUCCCCGCUUUUGAUGCAAGGUAGAAAUCCGAGCGAUUUUUGUGAUGUUGCUUUCGCAUUGUACAGCCUGUUCGAUGGCAUUUUACAAAGUCGCUGGCAAUACUUUUAUAAAUCACAAGUACUGCGUGGUUUUUCGCCCGGUGCAAGCGAUCAACCGAUACCCGUUGAAGAUCAACCAGACCAUGCUCAUGAAUUGUUGGCCAUUUUAAAUUUUUACGGACAGGCAUUGUUUCAAAUCAUUGAUCCACAUAUCACACAAAAAGUGUUGGCAUCAUUACAAUGCCUGCACGAACGAUGGAAAUUAUUCGAUCGCCAAUUUUUCAGAACGAAUCUAUUGGCAUUGUUUAUGGACACGUUGCUUAAGUUACUGGUCUCACCGAACGGUGUUUUGCACCAAGAUCAAUUGAUCAAUGUGUUAUUCAACAUGAGUCAAGUAAAUGCAACUGUGUUAGAAACGGUAUUCGUGAGUCUUGGAUACGAGCCCGAGUCAAAGUUUAUCCAUGACAUUUGUUCAGCCAAGGAUUUUCCAACGUAUUCAUCAAAGAUGGCGCAAUUUUGUGCGGAUGCAAAAUGUGUACAAUCACAAUAACAGACAUUUUUCCAGAUAUAUGUACGAAUUAUACAACAUUAACUCGGUUCUUUUUUGUUUUCGUCGAAUUUGCUCUUAAUUUUUGGUUUUUUGUGAUAGAAAAUCUAUUUCAUGUUGCAGUGAAUUCAGAAUGAAUGGAAUUUCCAACGUAGAAAAUAAGGUUUUGUUUAUUUUGGCGACAACACAUACGUAUACAAUAUCAAUGUUAAAUGCAUUUACAUUUUGUAAACGAAUUUUGAAUAUGACAGUUUAUCAGCAAUAAUUCGGUCGGAACGAGAAAGAUCGAAACUCAAUUCAAUGUAUAUUCAGUCUUUGUUCAUCGUCGCACAGUAGAGAUUAUUUUAUUGCUAGGUGUAGAAAAAAAAGUGAAUUUCUUUUUUGUUGAUACAAACAAACCAAAGACUGUCUAUGCGAAAGUGAGAAUUUGCAACAAGAACAACAACAAAAAUUUAAUAGCUCUACAUUUCAUGUAGUGCAAAAAACAAAAGAAAAAAAAGACAAUUAAUUGAUCUAUGAAAAUUUAUUUGGUUAAGAGAAUAUGCAAAUCAUGGAGCAACCUCAUAAUUUUACGUUCUCUAUUAUUCCGUUCUGGAUGGUGGGCCGUUCAGCUCAGUCAUCAACAUUCAACAAUAUAGCAAAAGAAAAAACAUACUUAUUGUUUUAACAUAGAAAUAAACCGAGAAUGACAAUACACAAUAAUAAUGAAGGAAUCGUAACAAUAUCAUUUAAAUACUCGCCAUUGUAACCGUUUAAGAAACCAACAAAACAAAUGGAGAAAGAAAUAUUAGGCUUGAAUGUGCUACAAAUUUCGUUCUAUUGCUUACUACUACUACUACAACGAUUGCUGCUUUUUAAAACAUUUUCAUUUUCAUCAACUCGUCCGGACUCAGAAGCGUUAAAAAAUUAUCAAAAUCAUUCCAUUUUUUUUUUAAAUUUCGAUUAGAAGCAUUAAAAUCAACAUAUAUUAGAUAAACAAAAUACAUAGUCGAAAUAAUCCAAUAGAAAAUAGACAAUGAAAGCGAUACAAAAACGAUUUUUGUACAAUUUUUCUUGUAUGCGUAAUAAAAUCUCCAUUUUCCAAUUUGAAAAA